CUCUGCGCCUGUGUAAUUUUCUUCAGAAUUCUGGUGGACAUAGAAAAUAUUAAUGAAUUUGGAGUGUAAUCAGAGUUUUUUGGAACACAGCGCGGUUCGAAUGUAAUAUGGUUAUAGAAAAGUGCAUCGAAAUUCCUAAUAAUUUAAUAACGAAAAUAAAGUGAAUUGAUUACUCCAUUUUAAUGUUUUUGUCUUUUCGGUACGUUGGCGAGACGUCGUGAGUGUUAUUAUUUCUAUCAAUUAUUAUUUUCUAUCAAAGUUUUAAGUUAAAAUAAAGCUCAAAGUUUCUUUAUUUCCGUAUACCUACCAAGUUAAAACAUAAUACUGCUCAUAACAACUCGCAUACAGAUAUCAUCGUUAAAGAUUAAUUUCCGGCAACGAGUUUGAAAGAGAACACAAACGCGACACAUUUAAUUCAAUCAAUGUUGAAAUUGGAAAACCAAGCCAACUAAAUCUAAAACUGGAAAACUAAAUUUGCUACGCAAAUAUUGUAAUUACUUGUGACGGUGAAAUUCUCUGCGAAAAAAAAAAACAUUUAAAACAGAUCGCACAGUACAUAUAAAUAUAUAGUAUAUAUAUUCCUAUUAAAAAUUUAAUCAUCAUGACACACUGGGAGGAUUUUUAUAAUACACAUUUACCGCCAACCGAUUUCGAGGAUAAUCGUUCAUUAUUGAAAGAAUUUUGUGAACGUCACAAUAAAUUGCAAAACCGUAUCGUCCUUGUAACGUCAGGUGGGACCACAGUACCUCUGGAGCACAAUACCGUACGCUUUGUAGAUAAUUUUAGUGCGGGAACACGUGGCUCAGCAUCUGCUGAAUAUUUUCUCGAUCAUGACUACGCCGUAAUAUUUAUGUAUCGCGUCAAGUCGCUAGAACCGUUUACACGACACCUUACCGGCCAACAAUUUUUUGAUAUGCUCGACAUUACCGACAAUGGGCAAAGUACAUCGAUUACAGUUAAACCGGAUUCCGUUGAUGUAUUCGCACCGAUAUUAGCCAAAUAUAAACAAGCGCGCGAAUCCCAAAUGAUUUUGUAUGUUAACUUUAACACGGUGGCGGAUUAUUUGUGGCUAUUACGUGCCGCUUGUGAAUGUCUAGCGGCGUUCGAGGAGAGAGCGUUGUUAUAUUUAGCAGCGGCAGUAUCAGAUUUCUACGUUCCUCAGGAUAUGAUGCCUACUCACAAAAUACAGUCCGGUCAAGGUGCACCGACAAUCUCGCUGCAGUUGGUGCCAAAAAUGCUUGCGCCAUUGGCAAGCCUCUGGGUGCCACAUGCAUUCGUUGUCUCAUUCAAGCUGGAAACAGACGAGAAUUUAUUGAUUACCAAGGCGCGCGAUAGUCUCUUCAAGUACAAUCAUAAGAUGGUUAUUGCGAAUAUUCUACAAACACGUAAACAUCGCGUCGUUUUCGUUUCGCCAACCAUGUCGUACGAAGUGCAUCUGAGCAGAGAGCAGGCGCUGCAAGGACUCGAAAUUGAGGAGCCGAUUGUUGCCGAUCUCGUGAAAAGGCACAGUGAAUACAUAAACGGAGCAUCAACGAAUCGACAAUGACCACAGUCGGUGCGGCAAAGACGUCACAUGCAGGUCGACUGUCGCGUGACAACACCACAUUUUUGUCGUCUAUUGAAUCCAGGACCAGGCGUCGGCCGUAAAUAUUAAUUUAAGGUAAAUGUGUGUGUACAACAUCGCUAUAAGCUAUAGCCAAUAUACAUAUAUAAAUACAUAUGUAUGUAAGCGGGGGAAAGUUAUUGGAAAAGCAACAGAGGCAAUAGCAUCGAUUGAAGGAUAUAUCACAAUUAGUUUAUAAAAAUAACAUAAGAAAUAUUAAAGUACAUAUAUAGUUUUUAUACAAUAAGAAUGCAACAGAGAAAUAAUAUACGAUUAAUAGUAACUUUCAUAUUUUUUACAUACAUCUGUAGUAUACAUAUAUAAUAUACAACCCAUAUCUGACGCCCUAAAAUACCUCCUAUAACCAUACAUAACGAACAAUAUAUUGAAGCAUUAGUAAUUUUGGUUGGCUAAAAAUGUUCAAAUUUCGAAUAUGCGAGCUUUAAAUCUCGGCAUAGAAUAUAGAGCGAGUAUAUACCAUUUGUUCCAUCUUUUAUUACACUGUAUCUUUCUUGAAAGCACUUAGUUAUAUAUCUCGUAAUCAGUUUUA